AUGGCACCAACACAAAAGAUGUAUAUUUGUCCUGAAACUGGCUCGGAUGAAAACGAUGGCUCGGAAGAGAAACCGCUCAAAACAUUACUACAAGCAAUGUUGUUAACAAAGUCAGCAGAAGGUGACUUUUUUGUUCGAAUUGAAAAGGAGGGUGUAAAGAGUUGGGAGCCAGCCUCUAAAACAGCGCUGAAGAAAAAUCAGAAAAAAUACGAACAGGAAUUGAGAAAAUUGAAAAAGGCUGAUGAGAAGGAAAAGGCGGCACAAGAACUCGAAGAAGCUACUGCGCAAUUGUUGGAAGAGGCCAAAAAAAUUCACAUUGAAGUACCUGCGGAUGCAGCCCCGGCAACGUUGAUUCGCAUACGUGACGCAGAAAAACACUGCUCAAAACGUGUCUGCGUCAGAGGAUGGGUUCAUCGUCUAAGACGUCAAGGCAAAGCGUUGAUGUUCAUCGUACUUCGUGACGGUUGCGGCUACCUUCAAACGGUUUUGAGCGAGAAACUGUGUCAAACGUACGAAGCUGUGACGUUGAAUACUGAGAGUUCGGUCGUCGUUUACGGCAUAAUUAAAAAAGUUCCCGAAGGCCAGACGGCUCCUGGAGGCUAUGAACUGAUCGCUGAUUAUUGGGAACUCAUUGGCAAUGCACCACCGGGUGGAAUCGAUUGCGUACUGAAUGAAGAGGCUGGUGUGGAUAAGAAGAUGGACAAUCGUCAUUUGGUGAUUCGAGGCGAGAACACUUGCCGUAUUCUGCGUGUUCGUGCCGCAGUGAUACGUGCCAUGCGUGAACAUUUCCACGAUGCUGGUUACACUGAAGUGGCUCCACCGACCCUUGUGCAAACACAGGUAGAAGGUGGCUCCACAUUAUUCUCGUUGGAUUAUUUCGGUGAACCGGCGUAUUUGACACAGUCAUCACAACUUUAUCUAGAAACGUGUAUUCCAACAAUGGGUGAUGUUUACUGUAUUGCUCAAUCAUACAGAGCCGAGAAAUCACGAACACGUCGACAUUUGGCCGAAUAUCAACACGUGGAAGCCGAGUGUGCGUUCUUGACGUUUGAUGAAUUGAUGGAUAAAAUAGAGGCGCUGGUUUGCGAUACAGUAGAUCGUUUGAUGGCUGAUCCUGUCACCAAAGAAAUGAUCUACUAUCUCAAUCCGAAGUUUACUCCGCCACAACGUCCAUUCAUGCGUAUGCGCUAUAGUGACGCUAUCAAAUGGCUGCAAGAGCAUGAUGUGAAGAACGAAUUCAAUAAAACGUUUGAGUAUGGUGAAGAUAUUGCUGAGGCAGCGGAACGGCAAAUGAACGACACCAUUAAUAAGCCGAUUUUCCUGAACCGUUUCCCAGCUGGCAUCAAAGCGUUUUAUAUGCAACGUGAUGCGGAGGAUAACAGCUUGACGGAAUCAGUUGAUCUCUUGAUGCCGACUGUUGGAGAGAUUGUCGGGGGUAGUAUGAGGUUGUGGAAGGAAGAUGAACUAAUGAAAGCGUUCGAAGGAGCGAAAAUAGAUCCAAAGCCGUACUAUUGGUAUAUUGAUCAGCGCAAAUAUGGAACAUGUCCACACGGUGGUUAUGGACUGGGAUUGGAGAGAUUUGUGUGUUGGUUAACGAACACGAAUCACAUCAGGGAUGUGUGUCUGUACCCGCGUUACAUCGGCCGUUGUGCUCCAUGA